AAAUGUAAAUUAGAAUUAAUUUUAAAAAAAAUCUGUUGAAGUUUAUAAGUGUAGUUAAUUACCUAUUUGAAGAAAGUUAUUUUGAGUUUGAGUUUUAUAUAUUCGCUGAAAGAAAAGACCUUUUGUAUAAAACUAUUAAAGAUAUAAUAAACGUAUAUUUCCUUGGCUGCGGUUAGGUGCUUAUCCGCUAGAUUUUCAGAGAACCAGUCACAUAAUAGAGGACAAAAAAUAUGUACCUAAAGAUGUGAUAUAAUGAAAACGAUAUAUGAGACACGGAGAGGUAAUCUAAAGAUUAGUAUAUAGUAUUAAUUAGGAGUAUCGAUUGUACUAAUCGAUAUCUUUGAGUGGACGUAAAAAUUGUAUACUUAAUCGUUCCUAUAAAUCUAAAAUAUUUGUUCUCAAGUUGUUACCGACAUACCGGCUCACGUUAUUGUUUCAAUUAUCAAUUAAUAUAAUGAUAAGGUCUUCAAGAUAUUAAUUAUCACUGAAAUUUAUUACUAUUGAUUCUACCUUUAUCGGUUAAGCACCGUUAAUGUCCCAGUGAUCGUUAUUUAGUAAAUGAUAGUGUACAAAAAAUAUUAUUGUAAUUUUGAAUUGGAAAUAAAUAUUGAGUGAUGAGUAAAAAAGAAGACGUCGAUAUUGGUACAGCCUUAGAGGCAGUGAUAACAAGUGUGGGAGAGUUAGGAUGGUAUCAAAGACUGUUGUUCGUUGGUAUUUUACCGUUUGGAUUUGCCUGGGCGUUCAGUUAUUUUGGGCAGAUGUUCAUAACGGCCACGCCUCAAGAACAUUGGUGCAGAGUUCCCGAGUUACAGUCCCUCAGUAUAGAGAUGAGGCGACUCUUAUCAGCGCCACGCACUGGUGAUUACAAUAUAGAUAGUUGUAAGACAUUUGACGUCAACUGGACACAUGUAUUAGAAUCCCUACGUCCGCCAGAUCCUGACAUUCCAUUACUGAAAUGCCAAUAUGGCUGGGAAUUCCUCUUUGAAGACAUUCCUUACUCUACUAUAGUUAGUGAGCGGGAAUGGGUCUGCGAUAAAGCCGACUUGGUGCCUUGGUCCCAAUCUAUCAGUUUCUUGGGAUCCAUAACUGGUGGGAUUCUGUGUGGGGUGUUGGCUGAUAGAUAUGGCCGAAUGCCUGUUCUUGUGUUGUCAAAUUGUCUUGGUGUAAUUGGUAAUAUUGCGACAAUAUUCACGACUGAUUUCUGGGACUUUGCCAUUUGCCGCUUCAUUGCCGGAAUGUGUGUUGACAGCUGUUUCAUACUUAUGUUUAUAUUAGUUUUAGAAUACGUGGGUACAAGAUACCGAACAAUGGUAUCGAAUCUCUCGAUAGCAUUUUUCUUCGGUGGAGGCUGUAUUAUUUUGCCCUGGCUAGCUUUAUGGAUAUCGGAUUGGAAAUAUUUUAUGAUAGCAACAUCAUCGCCUAUGCUAUUGGCGUUUUUGGCUCCUUUUGUUGUUCCUGAAAGUGCAAGGUGGUUGGUUUCAAAGGGAAAGAUAGACAGAGCUGUGAAGGUUUUAAAACGCUUUGAGAAAAUUAAUGGAAAUAAAAUACCACAACAUAUUAUGGAUCAGUUUAUUGAAGUCGCAAACACGACAAAAGAAGAAGAGAAAGGUAUAGGGCUGAUAUUUCGAACGCCAGCUCUUCGCAAAAUGGUGAUAUUCCUUAUCAUCACGUUCGUGGCAGUUGCUGUCAUGUUUGACAGCAUCAUUCGUUUAUCUGAGAACCUGGGGCUGGACUUCUUCCUAACAUUCACAGUCACGUCGGCUACGGAGAUUCCAUCGAUAUUCGUGUUGCUUUUGUUAUUAGACAGACUGGGUCGGCGUUGGCUGGUAUUUGUACCAAUGAUGGCUGCGGGAAUAUUGUGUUUCGUCACUGCUUUUGUACCAAGAGGCAUAACCUCUGUGGCUCUUGCGGUAGCAGCUCGAUUCUUCAACAACAUGUCAUAUGUCAGCGUGAUACAAUGGACUCCAGAAUUGCUGCCCACAGCUGUAAGGGCAUCAGGAGCUUCCUUUGUACACAUCAGUGCUUUUGCAGCGGUUUUGGUGACUCCGUUUAUAGUUUACUCGGACCGUGUUUGGGAAGGUUUAUCACUAAUCAUCGUGGCAGUGAUUGGCUUGAGUGGGGCAUCCCUGGCUCUAGUGUUGCCAGAAACAAAAGGCAGGCGCAUGCCACAAACAGUAGAAGAAUGGGAAGCCCUGGCAAAUAAACAACACUCCAAGUAAAUAUACUACUUAGUACUCAAUUAGAUCUCGUGUGAGUUACUAAUGAUUAAAGAAAUAGAUGCAAUAAGAGAUCAAGGCCCAUUAUAGUAUAUGCACCAAUGAAUUAUUACUGACAUUAUAUUUUUUAUGUCCAUCUUCGCUGUUAGUAGGUAACGCUUUUAGUUUAAAUUAGACGCCAAUAAAAUAAUCAUAUCAGUUAUGUUCAUGUUAAGUUCGGUGGCGGUAGUUGGAGGGAUGUCCAAAUAAAUUAAACUCUUUGUUUGAAGAUAGGUGUCAACUUGCUUUAUUCGUU